GGCACUGGUAGGUGGCACUGGUGGGCACAGGUGGGUGGCACUGGUGGGCACAGGUGGUUGGGCACAGGUGGGUGGCACUGCUGGGCACAGGUAGGUGACACUUCUGGGCACAGGUGGGCGCACUGCUGGGCACAGGUGGGCGCACUGCUGGGCACAGGUGGGCGGAAUUGGUGGGUGGCACUGCAGGGCACCGAUCAUCAGGGCACUGAUCAUCAGUGCCCUGAUGAUCGGUGCCAAUCCCUGCUCUGACAACUGCCGGUUCUCGGCAGUACUUUCCUCACGCUCUGACAGCGUGAAGAAAGUGCAGCCGAGAACCGGCAAUUGCAU